AUGGAGGAGGACCAGGACCUAGAGCAGUGGACCAACCAGGUCCCCAGAGGACCAGCAGCAGGCCCGGUCUCUGGGAGAGGAGAGGGACCCAAACGUCACCACUGUCAGCACUGUGAGAAAUCCUUCUCAACAUCUGGAUAUUUAAAGAGUCAUCUGAGAGUUCACACUGGAGAGAAGCCGUACAGCUGUGAUCAAUGUGGGUCAGCUUUCACACAGCAGGGAAACCUAAAAAGACAUCGACGCAUACACACUGGAGAGAAACCGUACAGCUGUGAUCAAUGUGGGGCAGCUUUCACACAACAGUGUUACCUAAAAACACAUCAACGCAGUCACGCUGGAGAGAAGCCGUACAGCUGUGAUCAAUGUGGGGCAGCUUUCACACAGCAGGGACACCUAAAAACACAUCGACGCAUACACACUGGAGAGAAACCUUACAUGCAGACUAACCUAAAAACACAUCAACGCCUUCACACCGGAGAGAAGCCGUACAGCUGUGAUCAAUGUGGGGCAGCUUUCACACAGCAGGGACAACUAAAAAGACAUCAACGCAUUCACACUGGAGAGAAGCCGUACAGUUGUGAUCAAUGUGGGAAAAGGUUUUCUCUGAGGG